AUGCUCUAUGAGCUCAUCGGUGUGGUCCGCCCCGGUCGUGGCGUGAACGAGAUCAAAGAAAUCACCAAAACGACCGGUAACAUCGUCCUAUCAUCGGGCGGCGUGGUGCGCGGCAUUACGAAUUGGGGCACCUUUCUCCUGCCCAAGCCGGCCCGCAAACAAGGCGCCAUCUACAACCAAGGACACUACUUCAUUCUGCGCUUCGAUUCGAGCGCAAAGACUCAGCAUGCCGUGAGGCGGACGUUAGGUCUCGAUCCGAGGAUGAUCAGAUACAGUGUGGUAAAGAUGGGCGAGAAGCUAGAGGAGAUCGCGGAUAAAGGUGGAAAGGCGGAGUGGCCGGCGCGGGCGCAAUGA